GUUGCGUUUGCAUAGGCCAUGUGUACAUUGGCCCACUCGCAGCAACACCAAGCGCCUCUUUCAUCCAUUUCACAGAAAAUGCAAGUGCUUAUGCCAUUGCAUUGUUCAACUCAACUUGUUAUUAUUUCCAAAUAAUUACACUCUUUAACUAACUACCAGUAUUUCAUUGCUCCUACACUCUUCUCUCAACCUCUCUAACAAAUCAAAUCUACGAACACAAUCAAAAUAAAGAAACCCUAGAAAUAUUAUUAUUAUUAAUAUAAAGUACUAAUAAUAAUGGCGAAGAAACGGGUCCCCGAUUGGCUCAACAGUCCUCUCUGGUCCUCCCCCUCCGAACGUUUCUCCGCCGUUUCUUACCCACCGGAACCUCCCUCUCCACCUCCCGUACCUAUUGAAGAACCUCCUCCCCCAAUUCAACAUUCGCGAAUCAAUCACAAUGCCGUUGACACUUCACCUCCCUCUUCCUCGUCUUCCUCCUCCGUUUCUACUUCCUCCGCCGAUGACAUGUCCCUAUCCCGUCAGGUCCAGUCCCAGGCCCAAUUGUUAACCGAGUUAUCUAGGAAAGUCAUAGAUAUGAGGGAAUUAAGGAGAAUUGCAUCUCAAGGGAUACCCGAUGUUCCUGGUUUACGUUCUACUAUAUGGAAGCUUUUACUAGGGUAUCUUCCACCCGAUCGAGCCCUUUGGUCCUCUGAAUUAGCAAAGAAGAGGUCCCAAUACAAACGUUUCAAACAAGACAUUCUCAUCAAUCCUUCAGAAAUCACGAGGAGGAUGUGCAAUGCUGCUAAUUAUGAUGCUGACGAUGUCAAAUGUGAGACAAGGGGCAUGCUUUCUAGAUCACAAAUUACUCACGAGGAACAUCCUUUGAGUCUUGGCAAGACCAGCAUAUGGAAUCAGUUUUUCCAGGACACCGAUAUCAUAGAACAGAUUGACCGCGAUGUAAAGCGUACUCAUCCAGAUAUGCACUUCUUCUGUGGUGAUUCUCAAUUAGCAAAAUCUAAUCAGGAGGCUUUAAAGAACAUAUUAAUUAUUUUUGCAAAGUUGAACCCAGGUAUAAGAUAUGUUCAAGGGAUGAAUGAAGUAUUGGCUCCUUUAUUCUACGUGUUAAAAAAUGAUCCUGAUGAGGAAAAUGCAGCCUUUGCUGAAGCCGACACAUUCUUUUGUUUUGUUGAACUAUUGAGUGGAUUCCGAGAUAAUUUUUGUCAACAACUUGACAAUAGUGUUGUUGGAAUUCGUUCGACUAUAACAAGAUUGUCUCAGCUUUUGAAAGAACACGAUGAAGAACUAUGGCGCCAUCUUGAGGUCACAACCAAAGUCAACCCCCAAUUUUAUGCAUUUAGGUGGAUUACUCUCCUCUUGACUCAGGAAUUCAAAUUUUCAGACAGCCUUCGUAUUUGGGACACCCUUUUAAGUGACCCUGAGGGUACACAGGAGACACUUCUUCGGAUAUGCUGCGCAAUGCUAAUUCUCAUGCGUCGGCGCCUCCUGGCGGGUGAUUUCACUUCUAAUCUCAAGUUGCUCCAAAGUUAUCCUUCUACAAACAUUAGCCAUUUGCUCCAUGUUGCCAAUAAGUUACGUGUACAGUCAGUCUAGUGGUUUUGCAGCUGAUUUUUUGCAUUUUAUUUUUGGUUUUCAGGUUUCAACGUCGCAUUUCAAUUUUAUGUUUGUAAAUUACUCUGUAAAUGUUGGUUCAGAGCAGCAAUUCGUAUUGUUUUAGAUUCAUUUUUUUUCGUUUCUAAAUUUUUUGUUUAUUGUGUAAGCCUAGUUACUGUGAUCUUGAUGAAACUCUCUUGUAUUAAGUAAUCCACUACACGGUUCCCGCAUAUAUCCUUAAAAGGACAACAGAUUUGGGGAGUCUCUUAUUAAGACUACAUUUUGUAAUAUUUAAGGCUUUUAAGCUGUAUCAUGUGCUCUUGUUGACUGA